AUGGAGCACAACGACUCAUCACUUUCAGAAAGACCUGCGAAAAGGGUCCGACAGGCUUGCGAACCAUGCAGACGCAAGAAGGCCAAAUGCCCCGGAGAGCAACCGGUCUGCUCACUGUGUGCUAGACUACGGCAGGAAUGCAUCUAUGCAGAGGAAAGGCGUCGGCUACAAGCUUCAGAGGAGCCUGCACGGCCUAAUCUAUCUGGCCAGGCAACUCCUCAGACCUUGGAAGAUCGAUUGCGGAGCUUGGAAGGAAAGCUGGGAGUUGUCAUUGAUCAUCUCGGUGUCAGUUCCAGAGGAAACCUACCGGUGGCGGGUACCAGUCAACUGCCUAGUGGAACUACUGCCGCUCGCUCAAGUGCAUCCGUGAUUUUACCUCCUUGGGAUGAAAUUGUUCCUCUGGCGGAGCUGUACUUGUUGUAUUGCGAGUCCCAACCUCUACCCCUGUUUCAUAGAAGCAGCUUUAUCGGCAGCAUUCAAACAAGGGAUAUCGAAAUCAUUUACGCCGUCUUAGCCUUGAGUCUGCGGUUCUCUAAUUCGCACCGCAAUGUCCAUGCCCUCUCCGAACAGGUCAACAGCUAUGCUGAAGUGGCACGUGGGCUGGUCAUGAAACGAGUUUCCGAAGGCCCAGUAGAGGUCUCGACUCUCCAAUGCCUUUGUCUAUUGAGCUUGGUUGACUUUACGAACGGCAAUACGCAUCGCUCUAGCAUCCACAGCAGUCUUGCCAUGAACCUCGCCCAGUGCGCAAAUCUCGGGCUAGAGCCCCGUUCACCGCUGAGUAGUAUCCAGCGAGAGGAACGCAGACGCUGCUUUUGGAGCAUAUGUCUGCUGAAAAGACUACAUGGCGGCGACUUCACGAUCGAUAUUCCCGACGGAGGAGGCCCAGCCUACCCGCAAAGUCUAUCACGACCCGCGCGAAUGCUCUCCCCAGGUCCCACACCCCCGGAUACACGGAGAAGUGAUAUCCAAGACCAAGGCAUCCUCGCCUAUGUCAUCAUGCUGAGCGAGGCCUUUGCACGGACGGCCCGAUAUGUCCGGCUUCGUGGACGACCAAGCAAUGUACCCCCCUGGUCUCCGCACUCAGAGUACUCAAAGAUCAUCGCUCUGCAGAUGGACCUGGAGACGAAGAUGCCUCUCACGCAUCGCUUCAAACCGGCCAAUCUCAGUGAUAGAUCUCGAGAAGAACUCCAAGCUCAUCGCGAGUACUGGGGACCCUGGUUUCUGAAUCAAUUCAUGUACCACACCAUGCUUUGUCUGCUCAACCACCCACUCCUCCUAUCGCUCAGUCUACGCACGUUCCGAAGUACAAUCCCCGAGAUCUUCCUCCAGCAUACAUCCGACUUGAUCUCCUCCCACACCACCUGGAUCAUCCAUUUUAUCAACUACUUCGAAGAAAAGACCUUCUUCGUCUCAGACCCUUUACUAGGAUACAGCGCCGCCGUCGUAGCAACCAUCGAACUCCAGCUCAGUUUCACAGAAAACCCAACAAUCCGCGACCAAAAGCGCGACCGCUUCACCAAAUGCGUCAAAUUCGUCCAACAAAUCGGUGAACAAUGGCCUCACAUGGCCCGCCUCGCACAAAGACUCCAACACCUCGAAGACGCAGUCUCAGCAACCUACCAAUCCGACCCAAACGCCCAAAACCAAAGCCUCCUAAUCGACCUAUCCCGAUUCUGGGAAAUCCUAGAAUACUCAUCAAAUAGCGACGCCGAUUCCGCCCGCCGUCUUUUCGGCGACUCACUCUACGCAGGUCCCUCAACUGCAAACCCAGAAGUCUCGCAGACGUCGCCUUUACCUGCGCCGACUCGCAUUGGUGAAGAGAGACCGGCUAGUUUACAGUCGCCGGCCGGAGGCUUUGCGGGUAAUGGUAAUGAGGGUGGGUUUGCGGAGUAUUCGGGGAAUUCGUUGGUUUCGCCCCAGCAGCUUACGUUGACGAAUGAUGAUUUUUCGAUUCUGGCGACGAACUUUUUCUCGCAGGGGCAGGAGUUUUUGAGGGGUGGGGAUACUUGGACUAAUAUUGGGAAUUUUUAG